ACAAGAAGUGAGGUUAAUUAUUGUUAUUUCUUGUCUUGUUGAGAAUUUGGUCAUUUGGUCGGUUUUGUUAAAUUGUGAAAAGGAAAAAAUCUGUGCAAAAAAAUGGCUUUAUCUGUACCCAAAGCACCCGGCGUUGCCCAAAUGAUGAAGGAAGGAGCCCGUAUGUACAGCGGUUUGGAAGAGGCUGUUUAUCGUAAUAUUACCGCCUGCAAAGAGUUUGCAACAACCAUGCGCUCCGCCUACGGACCCAACGGCAUGAACAAAAUGAUCAUCAAUCAUAUUGAAAAGCAAUUUGUGACCAGUGAUGCUGGCACUAUUAUGCGCGAAUUGGAUGUAGAACAUCCAGCUGCCAAACUUAUGGUUAUGGCCAGUGAAAUGCAAGACGCUGAGGUUGGUGAUGGCACCAACUUUGUGGUGAUUUUUGCUGGAGCUUUGCUUGAAAGAGCCGAAGAACUUUUGCGUUUGGGCAUUACAACCGCCGAAAUUGCUGAUGGCUAUGAAAAGGCCAUGGAAAAAUCUUUGGAAAUUUUGCCCAAAUUGGUGUGCCACGAAAUUAAGGAUUUCCGUGAUUUGGCUCAAGUUAAGGAGUGCUUGCGUGCCGCCAUUAUGUCCAAACAAUAUGGCCAAGAAGAUUUCCUCACCGAUUUGGUGGCCAAGGCCUGUGUUGCCAUUUUACCCAACCAGGGUACCUUCAAUGUGGACAACAUUCGUGUCUGCAAAAUCUUAGGCAGUGGUUUGUCCAAGUCCGAAGUUGUUAACGGUAUGGUUUUCAAGCGUUUCGUUGAGGGUGAUGUUUCCUUUGCCGAAAAAGCUAAAGUAGCCAUUUUCUCCUGCCCCGUUGAUAUCAUUCAGACCGAAACCAAGGGUACUGUGUUGAUCAAAUCCGCCGAUGAACUUAUGAACUUCUCAGCUGGUGAAGAGAAUUUGUUGGAGAGCCAAAUUAAGGCUAUUGCCGAUACCGGUGCCAAGGUAGUGGUGUCCGGCGGUAAAGUUGGUGAUAUGGCUUUACAUUUCCUCAACAAAUACAAUUUGAUGGCUGUGCGCUUGAACUCCAAAUUCGAUUUGAGACGUUUGGCUCGCGCCGUCAAUGGCACAGUGUUGCCACGCGUUACCACCCCCAGCCAGGAAGAGUUGGGCUACUGCGACAAGGUUUGCAUCGAAGAAUUGGGUGAUACUGCUAUUGUAGCUUUCAGAAACGAAGGCAAAGACUCACGCAUCGCCACCAUUGUGGUUCGUGGUGCCACCGAUAACUUCAUGGACGAUAUUGAACGCGCCAUUGAUGAUGGUGUCAAUAACUUCAAGUGUUUGUCACGCGAUGGCCGUUAUGUAGCCGGUGCUGGCGCUGUCGAAAUUGAAUUGGCCACACAAAUUGCCGCCUAUGCUGAUACCCUACCCGGUUUGGAACAAUACGCUGUCAGACGUUUUGCCACCGCCCUAGAAGCCUUCCCCAAGGCUUUGGCCGAAAACACCGGCAUCAAUGGCACCGAAAUCGUCAAUCAAUUGUAUUUGGCCCACAAAGAAGCUGCCGGCAAAAAUAUCGGCUUAAAUAUUGACGCAGAGAAAGCCGAAACCUACGAUGUGACCACCAAUAAAAUUUUUGAUCUUUUCCAAGCCAAAUACUGGGGCAUUAAGUAUGCUGUAGGUGCUGCCAACACAAUCCUCAAAGUCGAUCAAAUCAUUAUGGCUAAACGUGCUGGUGGACCCAAACCCCGUCAAAAUGCCGGCAGUGAUGACGAAAGUUAAAUUUAGUUUUCUCUUACGUACAAAAUCAUUUGGCAUUUUAUUUUUCCUACGUUUUACUAAUAUUUUAGCUAUCGCAUUGUUUUAGGUCUUUUUCAUUCUACAAAAAAAAUAAUAUGUUUUUCUCACAACUCACCUUUAUUGUAUUAAUCCUUAAUUUUAGUUUCGAAAUAAACUUCUAAGGAUUUCUUUUUUUGUUUCUAGUUUUACUUAAUGUUUAACAUAAUUUUGAAAGCUUCAUUCAUACAUAUUGCAAGUCCUAUGAACAAUUAAUUUUGCAAUUAAAAAAACACUAAAAAGAAAAAAUAAAAUAUAAAAAAAUCAUAAAUAAUCAAAUAAAAAAGAUAUUUAUAUAAAAAAAAAAUACAACAAAAAAACUUAAAAAGGAUAAAA